AACUCUGUUUUAUUUUUUCACCAGAAAAUAAGGUCUCCGACUCUUUCUUUUACAAAUUUCAAGAUGUCUGCGCCCAUGUGUUCUCAACGUUUCCAAAGAAUUUAGAUUUCAGACACUAUAACAAAGACGGCACUAUGGAUCAGUUUAACAGAAAAAGACCACAUGGCGGGAUGACAAAAAACCAAGCAAAGAAACAGAAAUUUAAUGAAAACAUAUUGUCUGAAGCCCCACAAGCUAUAGACGUUAUUGAGUAUGCCAGGAGUCGAGCAGCAGAACUACAGCUUCUGGAUGAAGCUACGAAAAAAAGAAAGGUGUCACAAGCAGUGAAUGGUCUGAUGUCCAUUUCAAUGAGACGGAGAGCAAUGAGUCACAAUGUGAAAAGAAUGCCGCGUAGAGUGAGAGAGAUGGUGACAAUAAAAGCCAACAAACACAAAAAACCAAGUAGAAAGCAUCGCAGACGUCCAAAGAAUUUACUGCAGGAGUAUAUACGAAGACAGAAGAACAAAGUCUGGCUAGAAACCCACAUCUGGCAUGCAAAAAGGUUUAAAAUGGCUGACAAAUGGGGUUACAAGAUUCCCUAUCAACCAACAAACAAAAGUGCUCGAGCCUCCUACCGAGCUACUCAACAUCAUUGUCAGAUGAUAGAUGUAUCUUAUCUGUGCUGCAUAGAAAUUCUUGGGAAGGAGGAAAACAUUCUAAAUGGAGUCUCUUCUCUUUGUAACUCUCAAACUGGACCAACCGUAGGUGCAAAAAUGUAUUUGGAAGGAACCCGAGAGGGUAAUUGUGUCUUGUACAAGCAAAAUCAAUAUCCUCAACAGCCUAUAUGUCCUGUUACAUUUCUCUGGAGACCGAAAUCGGAGCGGGAACCACUGCGACAGUUAUGGAUUUGGUGUAAUCCAUCUUCUUUUGAAGAACUGUGGAAAGAGUUAGAGGCAUGUAUGUCAAUGUCUGAAAAAUGUGAGGUGCAAGAUAUAUCUGUAGAACUAAGCUGUUCCAUCGAAGAUAUGAGAAAAGGACAGACACUGGCAGAUAUUGCAAACAGUUCUGUGUUGAAUAAUAAUUCUAAGGAGGACAAGAUGUCAACUAUUUCAGAGGAAGGACCCAAACAAGAAGAUAGUAAGGAACCUAAAGAAACUCAGGAUAAAACAAAGAAACAGAAAAGUAAAAAACAUACUUCUACCGAAAAGGCAAGCGAGGAAAAAUUUGUAAAAGUCAUCAACAGAAAAUCCCAGAUUGGAAAAGUUUUCAUGACCUCUCUGAAGGACAGACUUGUAAGACAUCGUUUCAUUGGUCCAGAGUCUCAGAGAAUCCUGGCACAGACUCUCCGUAUAGCAGAUAUCAUGUUCAAUAACAAGGAAACUUCUUAUUGGUGGAAAGAGUAUUAUGAAGACAAAAAGCACUCCUUGGAUUUCAACCAGCAGAGGGAAUUCUGGGAUGGGGUUGCUCAGUGUCAGUCUGCUGCAGAGUUGUCUCCUCAUGCUGUGAUUGGGCUGACAGUGAGAGAUCCAAGAGUCAUCAGAGCCAUGAAACAAAACGAGAAUUCUGACACAGUUUCAGAAUCCAUGGUUGUUGAGGGUAUAGAAGCUGUCAAGUUGAUGGUCAGCCAAGAGGUUUCCAAUUCACCGAUCUGGGAUGAAGAGAUCAGAAAGACAGUAACAUCGACAAAAAAAUCGGACUUUGAAAUCAAUCAGCUAAAAUCGGAGCACCUUGUCCCAGGGUCAGAGUUGAUGCUGGGUGAAGAAGAGAGCAGGAUCCCUGUGCUAGUCAUCCAGAAUCCUGGUACUAAUCCCUCAGCACACAGCCACAGUCACUAUGGGAAUGGAUGGGAUCUCAUCCUGCCUGCAGGAUGGAGCAUGGCAUUCUGGGUAGCCAGUAUUUAUCAUGGGGCCAGAGCAGGAGGUCUCCGUGAAUUACAAUGUCUGGCCAACGAACAGCAGAUUGAACACUUCCCUGAGGAUUAUCCAGAUACUUCAGCAGGAAGAGAAGAGGAGGCGAGGGUGAAGAGCGAGAAAGAGGCAGAGCACAGCAGACGACCUCCUGCUAAAAGACCAAAUUUUACUAAGUUAGACGUGGCUAAUCCAUUUUCUUGGGCAUGGGAUCAGCUAGUUCAUUGUGAUAAAGAGGAUACCAGUGGAUUCCAUGUUUUGAGAGAUAGGAAAGAUCUUAAUACUCUGCGGAAAGUGGUGAAUAUUUCACUCGUACAGAAAAAAAAAUGUUCGAAAAGUAGCGAAAGUGUAGAACGUUUUGCUCCUUACCAAGACAUAUUGAGUAGACAUCAAAAGUCUUUAGUGUUUGUCAAAAUAUCAGUGAAUUCCAAAGGAUGUCCAGAAGAGAUGGGAACAAUCUCAAUACCAACUAAAGAAGAUGUCAGAAAAAUGAAAGCAGAUAAAUACUUUGUAGGACCAUUAAGAUCCCAACAGCCUGAUCCUGAGCUGGAAGACAAGAAAGAGAAGAAGAAAAGAGCAAAACUUCUGAAGAAAGGUGUAUUGAAUCUUCAACCACAAAAGACACCAGAGAAUAGAGAAGUGGCAAAAGACAAUGUUGAUGAUGGCAAGCGAGAGAUCAUUGGAUAUGUAAAGCAUGGUGGAUUUUCACUUAAUAAUGGACACGGGGCUGGAAAGGGAUUCUGUUCUUUAGCUGGUUUAGAAAAGCUGUCUGAAUCCUUGCCUGAUGAAAGAAAUCUUGUUUUAAUUAGGAAUCCCAGAACACUGCAGUAUAGAUUUGCCAGGCUUUCACUAUGAACUAAGAACACUGCAGUAUAGAUUUGCCAGGCUUUCACUAUGAACUAAGAACACUGCAGUAUAGAUUUGCCAGGCUUUCCCUAGAACUAAACCCUAGAUUCAAUUGAAAUAUUGAGAAAUGAUGAAAUAUAUCUCUACCACACAUGUUUUCUGAAUUAAACUGUUUGUUUAUUAUCAUCUCAAUAAAGGUGAUUCUGAAUAAAUUAUAAC